AUGACGACAUUCGCCUCCAUCAGCGCGUGUUGUGUGUUGCUAGGGAGGGAAUACACCAAAAGAUUGGACAUGGAACCUUCGACCGACCGCAACUACUUUCGCCUGGUCGCUCUGAAUGAGGCCGACACCGGGCUCAAUGUUUUCGACAAGUUCGUGUCUGGCCGGGGUCUUCAACCUGACAAAAGCACUCGCGGUUCAGAAUUCGUUUGA